AUGGCGUGCCGUAGCUGUAGGCGCCAUCUCGCGACCCAGCUGUCCUCCCGACAGUCCCUGUCGGCCUCGAGCCAAGCCCACCAGCAGCCUUCAGCGGCAUUCGCCUGGCAGUCGACACGACGAGCCACAGCCGUUGCGCCCCUGCGCCAACAGCAGCAGCAGCAACAAAGACGGGGGUUCGGAAGCACAUCGCAAUGCCAAAAGUCGUGGAUACCAGAGCCUCUGCGCAAGCUGGGCGGCCUGCUGGUCAGCUCCACCAGCCAGCCGUACCAGGUGCACGCCGCCACCGAGACCAUAUACAAGACCUGCGCCCGCGAGGCCAACUACACCAUCUCCGAGACGGACAAGCGGAACGGCACGGUGCCCAAGACGGAGGAGGGCGAGGAAAUCGGCGUGGGCAACACCACGUGGCAUAAGGACUUCGACCUGCCCCCGACCUUCAGCACCUGGUCCCAGGUGACGAUGCUGCACCUGUACCUGGUGUACGCGCGGCUGCGCAACCUGCCGCCGGACGCGGCGCGGUCGUGGCAGAAGCAGCUGACGGACCACUUCUUCUUCGACGCUGAGGAGCGCAUGGACGUGACGCACGGCAUCAGCGCGCGGGGGCUGCGGCACCGGUACCUCAAGGACCUGUUCGUGCAGUGGCGGGGCGUCAUCCUGUCGUACGACGAGGGCGUGGCCCGGGGCGACGCCGCCCUGGCCGCCGCCGUCUGGCGCAACGUCUACAAGGCCCGCCCGGACGUCGACGUCCGCCACCUGGCCGCCGUCACCGCCUGGGUCCGCCUCUCGCUCAAGAGCCUCGACCAGAUGCCCGACGACGCCCUCUUCUUCAGCGCCGCCGGCGUCUUCCGCACCCCCGCCAGCCACCAGCUCGCCCUCGUCGACGCCCCGGCCCGCGAGCUCGAGGGCCUGCUGCCCCAGUCUCAGGCGGCGGCGGCGGCGGCACCGAAAAGUUCGCCCCGGGUUGCGGGAUGA